AUGGCUGAAGAAAAUCAUACCAUGAAAAAUGAGUUUAUCCUCACAGGAUUUACAGAUCACCCAGAGCUGAAGACCUUUCUAUUUGUGGCAUUCUUCACCAUCUAUCUGAUCACCAUGGUGGGGAAUCUCGGCCUGGUAAUGUUGAUUUCAAAAGCACAUCAUCUUCACACACCAAUGUACAUCUUCCUGGGCAAUCUUGCUCUGGUGGAUUCUUGCUGUGCCAGUGCCAUUACUCCUAAAAUGUUAGAGAAUUUCGUUUCUGAGAACAGAGUGGUCUCCCUCUAUGAAUGCAUGGCACAGUUUUAUUUUCUCUGCACUGUUGAAACUGCAGAUUGCUUUCUUCUGGCUGCAAUGGCCUAUGACCGCUAUGUGGCCAUAUGCAGUCCACUGCAGUACCACACCAUGAUGUCAAAGAAACUCUGUGUUCAGAUGACCACAGGGGCGUACAUAGCUGGAAACCUGCAUUCCAUGAUUCAUGUAGGGCUUCUAUUUAGGUUAACAUUCUGUGGAUCCAAUCACAUCAACCACUUCUAUUGUGAUAUCCUUCCUUUAUACAGACUCUCCUAUGUUGACCCUUAUCUCAAUGAACUAGUACUAUUUAUUUUUUCAGGCUCAAUUCAAGUCUUUACCAUAGGCAGUGUCUUAAUAUCUUAUCUCUAUAUUCUGUUUACUAUUUUCAAAAUGAAGUCCAAAGAGGGAAGAGUUAAAGCCUUUUCUACCUGUGCAUCCCACUUUUUGUCUGUUUCAUUAUUCUAUGGAUCUCUUUUUUUCAUGUACAUUAGACCAAAUUUGCUUGAAGAAGGGGAUAAAGAUAUACCAGCAGCUGUUUUGUUUACAAUAGUAGUUCCCUUACUAAAUCCUUUUAUUUAUAGCCUGCGAAAUAAGGAAGUAAUAACUGUCCUGAGAAAAAUUCUAAAGAAAAAAAAAUCUCAAGAAAGUUGGAAACAAAUUACAUCUACUGUAGCUAAGUGAUUUAAAUGCAGAAAAAACUUCCAAGUGAAACUGAACAAGGGAAAUGCACAAAUCAUAUGUAAAAUACUAAAAUAUAUCACAGUACAAUCAAUUUAAGCAGCAAUAUGUCUUGGAGAAAAAUAUAUAGGAGUAAACUGUGCUAAACCUUUACCCAAAAUAAUAGAAAUCAAAACCAAACUUUGAAUUCAUUCAGGAAACAACUUAAUAUCUUGCCAAGCUCAAGGACUAUCAGCAUCAUGGGUUAUCAGCACCCAAAAGAAAAACACCAAACGAGCAACUAAAAAUAUAAAGGAGAAUUCUAUUAAAAUUUAUAGCCAGCCCACUUUAACAGUCUUGAGCUUAACUUUUAGUUAAGCUAACAACGUUUCAACAAUGAAAUCAUUCACAGCCGUGAACAACACAGUUGAAGCAAGCAAAUGUUGAAGAGGCAGUUUUAAUAGCAUUUGGGGGGACAUUAUUGCAGUUAGGAGAAAGGUAGUGAAGGAAAUGAAAGUGUCAAAUAAAAGGAAAUAUCAUAAAUAUUAUAUUUCCAAGGUGAAGUUCCUAAAGAGUAGAAUAAUUAAACAAAGAACGUCAAUUUUCAAGAGUAGUUAUCUUACUCCUGCAUGAGUAUGAAUAAAGAUGCCAUACUAGAAAGUUCCAGGUAAGUAGUCAAACAUCAUGUAGGAUUUGAAAAGUCUUUGUUGUCUGUGAGCUAGGCUUAACUUCUCUAUCUCCCUUUCUGAGAGGUGAAGAAGGGGUUCAACAAUGGGGGCACUGCCAUAUUAUAUGUAGACAUGAAAAAAAGUAUGAUUAUUGAACUGUGUAUGUAGGUUCUCUAGAAUAAUUUAUUUUUUUUUCUUUUCACCAUUGCAAAACCUGAAGUUGUGGAACCUAAAUAGAACUGAAUAAUUUCAUGUAACAUAAUGAAAGAAUUAUUCCCCAAUUAUUCAUUCAAAACAGAUUUGAGGUAGAAGCAUUGCUCUAGGUGCUGGGAUGUAUCAGUUCCCAAAAUGCCAGAUUUUCCAUCUUCUUAAACAAUUGAACACUGCCAUAAUUUUAACAACAACUUCUAGAUAAAGGAGGACCAUCUCAGGUAAAAGAACAAUUCCCUCUUCAACUUCUUCUCUUGAUGUUCUGAGGUCACAUCUAAAUUCUCAGAAGACGAUUGUCAGAUUGCAGCCAGUGGAGGCUGACUUCACAUGGAAAAUCAACAUGUUGCAUCUACUUGGAAAAAGCAGUGGGAACACAGGUGCAGUAUUUCCAAUUCCCUGACUUAUGAAUACAAAAUCCUAACCACUUAGUUUCUAUUUGUAAGCUCCAUAAAAAAUCUAAUCUAGCUCAUUUUAUGUAAUCAAACAUUUCAAGAUUUGAAAUUGAGACAUUUCAAGAUUUCCUUGGUUGUUUCAAAAUUGAACCCCAUUAAUUUAGGAUUUGCCUAACCCCACCUCCAUCCUUCCUUGGUUGAAUCUAAACAUGUAGGUACUUGAUUGAUAUUAUGAUAUUAGAGGCAGAUGUCAUGUUACAGUCAUCAUCUAAGAUGGUUGAUCUUGUCUGACCCUCUGGAUAUCUAUCUCUUCAUCAGACUUUGCUUUCUGUGUUCACGUCUACUCCCCAGACUAGAUACGGAAACAUGAUUUCUGCUAAGACAUCUACUUGUCAAGUCCACAAGGUUUAAAGUCUGCUGGCUUGGUCCCUCUUGCUCUUUCUCUCCUAAAUUCUGAGUAAAUCCUCUUGACUCCCCUUCUAGAAUAUGUAAGAGAUAGAAAAACCAGUAUUUGGUAACUGAUAUAUCACAGUACUUGGUUGAAGAAAAAGUCCAGAGAAAUCUGAAGGGCACCAUUUCUGCACUUCUGAUGCACAGUGUACUGGUUCAGUGAAGGAGUCGAAAGCUUUCAUGUGUUCCAUUGGGAGGUGCCUUUCAUCCAUAGAUCUCCAAACUUCUAUAGGCAUUUGAUUGCCUCCCAUCUGAUUCCCAGGACACCCCCUGGGAGUUUAAGUCACAGAACCCCAUCUCAGCAAACACCAAUUAUUCCCUUCUUUCUCUCUUUUUCCCCCAACUCACUAAAUCUUUAUUUCUCAGGUGAUACCUAGCCCUUACAUCAUUGUAAAUACUUCCCAAAUCGACUAUAUAAGGAAUAAAUUUUGACUUUGGAACAGUCCUCAAAAGAGAGACUUCUUCAAUUUAUUUUCUGGAUUUUCAAAGAUAUGUUUAGGGAAAAAAAUUAUGUGAAAUUGAUAUUGUGCUCUGGUCUCCCUCUCUUCAAGCAAUAAAUCUGAACUGCACAAGUUGCUGUCUGAAAUGCACCAGAUAUGGUGACUGA